AUGUCAUUUAACAUAUUGCGUCAAGGGAAUAAUUUGAAUACGAUAUUAGGAGGUUAUGAAUUUAGAAAAUUUAACAAAUUGUUAUACAGUAAGAAAUGUAUAAAUUUAUCUUUUAAAAGACAUUUUGGUGUUUCGGGAAGCUAUGGGUAUAGUAUUUUUUCAAGAGAGAAGAAUUGUGAUUCCAAUGUAGGUAAGAACAAUUUGCAUCAAUAUGAGGAAAAGCCUCUCUAUAAUAAUUUAAUAAAAAAAAAGAAUUUUUAUUUUACAAAAUGGCCUGGAAAGGUAUCCAAAUUGGGGGGCUCAUAUUUUUUUGGUAAAAACUAUAAUAUGGGGUUUUAUCAUAUGCUUAUAGAAGAAGAAGGAAAAAUAAAAAAAGAUAUUGCUAUUAUAUCAAGUUGUAAUAAACAUAGUAUUCAAAAUAAAACAAUUGAAAAUCAAAUGAAAGAUUUAACAUGUGGUUAUUCUGUUCAAAUAGUUUUAUCAGGAAAGGGUGUAAAAUGUUAUUAUGAAGAUAUAAAUUAUGUACCUAUUCGAAAAAAUUAUAGAAAUAAUAUUAAACAAUAUUAUAAUUUUAAAAAUAAUAUAAAAGACGUAAAAAUGUUAGAAGAUAAUCCAAAUAAUAGUUUAGAGGACAGUAAAAAUUCGAAUGAUUAUAAAAAUGAUAAUACCAAUUAUAGUUAUAGACAAAAAAAAAUAAAAAAAUUAUUUGUUCGUUUAGGUAUUGGUACAAAAAAUAUUGAUGUUACAAGAGUAUUAACAAUGCAUAAAAAAUAUGUGAAUAUUGAUGUCGAUAAAACAGGUACUAUAAUAAAUGUCUAUGGAUAUAAUAAAAAAUAUGUUGGAUCUGUUUCACAUCGAUUAUACAAAAUCGUAAAAAUGAAUGUAUACACAAUGAAAGGUGGAUAUGUCUAUUUGCAUAAGCCCAAGCAAAAAGUUCCCAAAAAAAAAUAA